AUGACGCAGAACAAGACUCUCAUCUUUAAGAAGAUCCCCACAGGUCUCCCCGUGGCGGGGGAGCACCUUACCAUUGAGGAUCGCCCGAUUGACCUCGACGAUGUCCCUGAGAGCGGCGUGGUCGUUGAAAUCAUUUACGCAUCCUUUGACCCCUACCAGCGCGGCCGCAUGAGAGACGCCAGCAAGAAGUCCUACUCGCCUGCGUUCGAACUCAACGGUCCCAUCACCAACAGCACCAUCAGCAAGGUCCUGAAGAGCAACACCCCCAACUUCGCCGAGGGCGAUCUCAUCUUCGCCCAUACGCCCAUCGCCCAGUACGCCCCAGUGCCGCCCAGCAUUCUGGAGCAGGCGCGCAAGAUCCAGAACCCCCACAACCUGGACCUGGCGCUCUUCCUUGGCCCCCUUGGCAUGCCGGGGUUGACUGCCUGGUCGGGUCUGCACAAGAUCGGACAGCCUAAGAAGGGUGAGACCAUCUUUGUCAGCUCCGCUGCUGGAGCUGUAGGCCAGCUGGUCGGCCAGAUCGCUAAGCGAGAGGGCCUUACCGUCAUUGGGUCCGUGGGAUCGGACGAGAAGCUGGACUUUAUCACCAAGGACCUUGGCUUCGAUGCUGGGUUCAACUACAAGAAUGAGAAGCCUGGAGAUGCCCUUCCUAGACUGGCACCCAAUGGCAUCGAUAUCUACUUUGAGAACGUUGGUGGAGACCACCUUGAGGCGGCUCUCGCCUCCAUGAAUGUUGAGGGACGCAUCGCCGUCUGCGGCAUGAUCUCCAACUACAACACCCCGGCGGAUCAGCAGCAGGGCAUCAAAGGCUUGAUGCAGCUUGUUGCUAAGCAGAUCACCAUGGAAGGUUUCCUUGUUGGUAACCCCAAGUUUGGUCGCGCGCACUUCAAGGACCACCAGGAGAACCUGCAGAAGUGGCUCUCGGAGGGCAGUGUCAAGGCCAAGUUGGCGGUAACCGAGGGUAUUGACAACGCUCCAGAUGGUCUCAUUGGCAUGCUCACCGGCAAGAACUUUGGCAAGGCUGUUCUGAAGGUUAAAUGA